GCAGAAAGCUCAGUGUCAGUGUGUGUGUGUGCAGUGGGAAAAGGGAUUAAAAGUGUAUCUGGGCUGAUUCUAAAUGACAACAGAGCCACCAGCUUUGUCUUGGUGUGUUGACAACAAUUUAGUAGUACAAUAAUCUCACUGAGUGAGUUGUAGUUUCAGUGUGUGUGUGUCUUUUAGACACCACUUCUCACCAUGGCUCUGACCAGCUCUUCAUCCAGCCGUUCCUCCUCUUCCUCGUACCGCUCGUCAGCCCGCUACAGCAGUUCCAGCACCUACCGGUCAGAGGGGUCUGGUGGUGGGGCGGUGGACCCCCUGUUUGAGCCCUUCCUGGAGGCAGCAGGGGUGGGACCCCCAAGCCUGUUUGGAGAGGAGGGGAAUGUAGCCCCCCUGUGUCUGGACCCCUUCAACAGACACCGCAAGGACUCCUACGGGUACCCAGUCCCAACAAGUGGCACUGUGCCAGGUCGUCCUGCCAGUAUGGGCGUGGUCAGAUCGUUGGGGGAUAGUUACUACAUGUCAGCUGACGUCAGUCAGUUUCAACCUCACGACAUAGUGUUGAUGGCCUACAACCACAACAUAGUCAUCCACGCUGAAAAGGUGUUGGAGGAUGGGAGUGUCAGUGAUACAUUUACCCAUAAGACCCUGCUACCAGAGGACAUGGACCCCCUGUCGGUCAGUGGCACACUGACCCCUGAGGGCAUGCUGGUGGUCAGUGUCAGGAGAACCCCCACUAUGGGGGUUCUGGAGCUCCCUGCACCCCCCGCAUACCGGUCCGAGGCACGUCUCUCUGACUGACUUCAGAUGGUUUUCUAUUUUCACUCUCCAGUUUUAUACAUAGAAGAGAUGUGAUGUCCUGAAAUGCUAUUGAUAAAAAAUGGAUGAUUUGUUUUCAGUAGAGUUUUUGUUUGUUUGUUUAUGGGUUGAUGUUGUUGUUGUUUAAUUAAUAAAUGGAUGAUCUUUAUAAAGAAAAUGUAUCAACAAAUACAAAAUGUAUCAUUAACAUGGCAUCAUAUUAAAGUAAGUAACAUGG